AUGGACGUCCUCACGCACUACGUAGGACGGCACGCCCUGCUCUGGCUGCACACGCCAUCACGUCGCCUUACGUGCGGCAGGCGCUCCGGUUUCCUGGCGGAGAAGAUGGCGGCUCCUGGACCGGGGGAGUAUUUCAGCGUCGGGAGCCAUGUCUCUUGCCUCACCUGCUUGGGCCAACGACUCAAUGGAGAAGUGGUCGCGUUUGAUUAUCAGUCCAAGAUGUUAACUCUGAAAUGUGCUUCCUCCAGUGGAAAGCCAAACCUUAACGACGUCAUCCUGAUCAACUUAGCCUAUGUUUCUGCUGUGGACGUUAUUAAUGAACGCACCGAGACUCCUCCUCCUCUAGCAUCUCUGAAUGUUAGCAAGCUUGCCAAUCGAGCACGGACAGAAAAGGAGGACAAGCUGUCCCAAGCCUAUGCAAUCAGUGCUGGGGUUUCUGCGGAGGGCCAACAGCUAUUCCAGACUAUUCACAAAACCAUCAAAGACUGCAAAUGGCAGGAGAAGAACAUUAUUGUGAUGGACGACGUCGUAAUCUCACCGCCUUACCAGGCCGAGAACUGCAAGGGCAAAGAGGGAAGCGCUUUAAGUCAUGUACGCAAAAUAGUUGAGAAACAUUUUAGAGACUUGGAAAUCCCUUUAAGCAACGAUUCCAGAACCAUGAAUGUUGCAUUGGCCCUGGUCGUCCUGGGGCAGUCUGCUGUAGGCUUUAAGAUGUGUCCGGUCCACUGCCUUUGCUACGAGGAGUCUGAUUUGGUGGCUUGUCAGUCGAGGGGUUUGUCCAGCGUCCCGUCCGCAGUGCCACAUGGGACCUGGCUCCUGGAUCUCAGCGGGAACAAGAUCACACAGCUGCAGAGGCGCUCCUUUGGGGGGCUGUGGUCUCUCAGAAUCCUCCUCAUCUCAAACAACAGCCUCCAGACUCUACACCCACAGUCUCUGACAUCGCUGGAGUUUCUGGAGCGCUUGGACUUGAGUCAGAACCAUCUCAAAACACUACCUUCAGACUUUUCUAAAAAACUGUUCUCACUCCAAGAGCUCUUGCUGAACCACAACCUCCUGCGUCUCUUGGACCCCACUUCCAUGAUGGACCUAGAAAACCUCCGCAAACUGGACCUGAGUUAUAACCAGAUCGUGUCUCUGGAAGUCGGAUUGUUCAACAGCCUAUCUCGCCUCGACUACCUCAACCUGGAGGGAAAUCAGUUAAAAGUCAGAGUUUUUGGCAAGAUCCAGUACGUUAAGCAUUUGCACGUUGUAGAUUACGGGGACAUAAUCUGCCACGCGCCCCCUCAGCUGGCAGGGAGCUCGCUGACCUCCAUAGACAGCAAGUUGUGCAUGGCAGAAACGGCGUCUGUUCUGAUCAUCACCAUCACUGUGCUGCUGGCGGUGUUCGGGGCGCUGGUGAAAGCUGAACGCAAUCAGAAGAACAAGCAGAGUCAAAAUGAUUCGGAGGAAGAGAAGCAGGAUAAAUGA